UGACAUGUAUGUCACUCACUGCAUCAAGCAGUCAGCGGUGCAUUCUAGGAUAAUGUAAUAUUACAAUAACGGAUUAAAUUAAACUCUGAAUGUAUUAAUACUACCUACUUAGAUAAGUUCACUUGUGUAAACUUAUAACACCAUUAUUUUAUUCCGGGGUCGACUUCUUUUGAAUUUAAAAUUGUCAAAUCAUCAUGGAAUCAGGUGGAGAUUGGUGUUUGAUUGAAAGUGAUCCUGGCGUAUUUACUCAGCUCAUUAGAAAAUUUGGAGCUACUGGAGUCCAGGUUGAGGAGUUAUGGACCAUGGAAGAUGGUAUCUUUGAGACUUUAAGGCCUGUUCAUGGACUUAUAUUCCUGUUCAAAUACUUACAACAUGAGGAGCCAUCUGGACCUGUUGUUACAGACAGACGUCUGGACAAGAUAUACUUUGCUAGACAGGUUAUAAACAAUGCGUGUGCCACACAGGCAGUUGUUAGCCUACUAUUGAACUGUGAUCAUCCUGAUGUCAACAUUGGUCCCGAACUGUCAACCCUCAAAGAGUUCAGUAUGUCAUUUGAUCCCAAAAUGCGAGGACUGACGCUGAGCAACUCGCAAACAAUACGAAGUGCCCACAACUCUAUGGCUCAACAGACUUUUUACGAAUUUGGGCCUAAAACAGCAUCAAAGGAUGAUGAAGCUUACCACUUCGUUGGGUACAUGCCCAUAGAUGGGCGCCUGUAUGAGUUGGAUGGCCUGCAAGAAGGCCCCAUCGAUCACGGCGCAAUUUCCGCCGAACAAGAUUGGCUCGACGUGGUUCGUCCAAUUAUUUCGAAACGUAUCAGUAUAUACACGGAGGGGGAAAUCCACUUCAACCUGAUGGCUCUUGUCUCAGAUCGUAAGAUGAUCUACGAGCGACAGCUCCAGGAACUUAUUACUGAACAGCAAAUGCUAGGAAUGACCGACGUUAUGGAAAGCGAAAUACCUAGACUUCGAAUGUUAAUUGAGUAUGAGGACAUGAAGAUGUUAAAAUAUCAACAAGAAAUGGCGCGCAGAAGGCACAAUUACCUGCCGUUCAUAAUCGCAUUGCUGAGGAUAUUGGCAGAGGAGAAGAAGCUUUUGCCUUUGCUAGACAAGGCCAAAGAGCGCACGACCAAGAAAGGUCCUAAGAAGCAAAAAGUAUAACACGAGCCUCGGGCCGGACUCCGGGCAGAACGCGCGCGUGGUCCGCGGCGCGUCUCCCAGUCCAGCCCCUCGCGCGUGUUGCCCGCUUCCGAACACAUGCAAUACUCGCUGGCUGACUUAGACGCUGUUUAUAGAGACCCCCAAGACAUUUUGUUUAAUAUAGAACCACAUGAAAUACUAGAGCAAGGGAUGGUAGAGUCUCAAGAAGUGUUAGAUAGGUCCAUAUUCGAGUCUCGUGUGACUCACAAUCACCUACUAGACUCUGAUGAUAGUAGGGACUGUUUAGGUGAGGCUCCAUCGGGAUCCAUUGCAGAUAACUUUGAUGUAGAAGAUAUGGAUA